AGAGGGCGGCGGAGUGUCAUUGGGGCAAGCCAGGGGGGCUUUAAGCCGCUUAUGCCGAGAGCGGGCAUGAGCGCCCAAGGAAGGCCGAAGGGAAGCAGCAGCAGCAGCUGUCUCCACCGCCUUGCGCCGGGAUUGUGAUCCGGAGGAAGAGGAGCCCCCUUCCCCCUCCUGCCUGCCCUUUUUGUGGGGGGAGAUGGGGAACUGCUUGAAAUCCCCGACCUCGGAUGACAUCUCCUUGCUGCACGAAUCCCAGUCGGACCGGGCCAGCUAUGGGGACGGGACGGAGCCGGAUCAAGAGCCGCCGCCGCCAUAUCAGGAACAAGUUCCAGUUCCAGUUUACCACCCGACUCCCAGCCAGACCCGUCUAGCAACCCAGCUCACGGAAGAGGAACAAAUUAGGAUAGCCCAACGGAUAGGUCUUAUACAGCAUUUGCCGAAAGGAGUCUACGAUCCAGGAAGAGAUGGCUCUGAGAAAAAAAUUAGAGAGUGCGUAAUCUGUAUGAUGGACUUUGUUUACGGGGACCCUAUCAGAUUCCUGCCAUGCAUGCAUAUUUACCACCUGGACUGUAUAGAUGACUGGUUGAUGAGAUCUUUCACGUGUCCUUCCUGCAUGGAGCCGGUUGAUGCAGCACUAUUGUCAUCCUACGAAACUAACUGAGCCAGGGCCUCUCUUCUGAUCGGUUGAGGAAAACAUCCGGCUUCCUGGGUCUUAUCCUUUGUCAUUCUGCCCAAAGAACCAGAGAUUAGGAAGUAAAAUCGUGCACAAUAAAAGCUUGUUUCCUAACAAUCGAAAGAAAACAAAAUCCUGCCUAAUUGCAGGUAGUGGCAGAGGGAGGGAGGAGGAAAUACGUUUUAGGGAAUAUAGAAAUAAGUAGGAUGUUAUUUUUUUGUAAAGCCUCGAUCUAGUGCUUAAAAACAGUUUCACUCCUUAAGACAGGUGUGUUAGCACACCUCUCCUGAGGAAUAGUACAGUUCCCGGCACAGUUGUGUGGACUUAAACCACCAGGAAGUUCUUGUGCCCAAGCAUCAGUGAAAUGAAUCAAGAGUGCUACUAUGAGAAGGAAAGGGUUCGAGAAAGGGAUGUUGAAGUAUCCUUUCUCCUACAGAAAGUGGCAAUUCUUGCCUGGUUUGCUUCGCAGGAUUCCUGGUAUUUGGGUCAAUGCUCUACUUACAAAAAAACCCCCAACAACUAUAUUUUAUAACACUGGCACAAAAAUAGUUUUAAGCUUGUUUGCACAGUUCUUUUUUUAUCCAUGAGAAAUGGAAUCCAUUUUGCCUUAGGUCUUUUUAAAUAAUGUAUUCUUAUGUUUGGGCUGGCUCUAUGCUUGAAAACCAGUUUAUUUAUAACCUGUUAUAAAAGUGCUAUAUUUUGUUUGCA